GCCGAGAGGGGUCAAUCCAAGUAGUUCGCGCUACAGCGGGGUAGCACCAAGUUGUAGUUUUUAAUCUGUUUGGGACAUGAAGAAGAGCCCAGCUGAGAGCAGCAGGGAUGGCUCUGGAGCAGCUCAGUGAUGUGGUCCAGAGAUGUCAAACACUCCCAGAUGACAGCUACACCGCGGAGGAUCAUGACGUCUUCACGACUGCUGGGCGGACCUGCAUCGAGGAGGGGAACAGCCCGCAGGUCCUCAGCAUCAUCUUGGAUGAAAAGAAUCAGAACCUGGUGAGAAGUUUGGGCUGGAACCUGCUGCCUCCACUGGUUCAGGUGCUGCGAAAGAAAGAAGACAAGCAUCUUCCUCAGUGCCUGGCCAUUUUCAACCACCUCAUAAAGACCUGCAGGCCUAAAGAGCUGCUGAUUGGUCUUCUGGAGGAACUGGAACACGAUGAUCCCGACACAAUAGCUGACAGUCUCCAUCUUCUUCUCAGCCCAUUACAGAAAGUGCUGCUGUGUCUGGGGAACAGGAAAGCGGCGUCCCUGGGUAUGACCCUGUCCUCGGUGCUGGACCAGCUGGACAAACUGCCUGUCCCUGACACCAAAGAGCAGGAGGAGGACGACGUCUUUUCACUUUGUCGUUGCUGCACCGACCUGAUCCAGUUCGUCAGGCCCUUUGUUCAGGAGGCGAGGCAGACCCUCCUGAGCAGCAGGACGCAGAGGGACAACUCAGACGGGACAGCAGGUGGACAGGACGGGGCAAAGGAGGACGAGCUGCGGACAGAACUCCUGAAGUUCUGCAUGAAGACCCUGACUCAGCCUUUGCUGGACGUCCAGCUCAGAGACCCCGACACGCUGCCGCUGUCUCCCCUCAGGACGUUUGCCACAGAGAUUCUGGAGAUUCUCGGUGCUGUCGGAGAGUCCCUCCCAGCUCUCGUGUUCCACCCUCUGUUGAAGAGGAAACAGGUUCUGGGCUUCCUGGAGGAGGAGGUGCGGUACCCUAAAAGCUCUCUGGCCUGCUUGGCUCACCUGGUGUUUGUCCAUCACCUGGCUGCUGAUACGUUCCCCAGUGUUUUUAACCCAGUGUUCUGUCUUCGGAGUAACAUGGAGCACAUUUCCCUCCUUCUGUCAAGAAACGAGGACUCCAGGCUUCAGAAAGGACUGGAGCUGUAUGAGAAGAGUCUGCUGCGGGUAGAGAGCUCUAGUCUUCCAGCAGAUCUGCUGGAGAUUAAAACUUUCCUCACAGUCCCUCAGAACCUUAUAAAGGUCAUGACAAUAUGUCCUAAAGACGUUCUGAGGACUAAAGGACUGAAGGUGUUCCAGCUGAGCAUUGAUAAGUUUGGUACUGAAGCCAAGUACAGGUUCUUCCAGUACCUGCUCAGGACCAGUAACCAUUCAGGAGUGGAAGGCUACGUCAUUAAAAACAUCAAGGAUCAGAUCAACGCUGCUCUGCAGCCAGGGAACGGUAACAUCUGGUUUGAGGGGGUCCACCUGCUGCCUCUGCUUCAGAAGGUCUUCUGUCUUCCUGAUGGACCUGAGACGGAUCUUCUUCAGUACCUGGACAGAGUAAUGGAGUCUUUGAACCUGCUGCGAUAUCUGGUCAUCAGAGAUAAGGUCACAGAGAACCAGACUGGUAUCUGGACAGAACUGUAUAAAAUAGAAGAUACGUUCAUAAAGCCACUGCGUGUUGGGCUGAACAUGUCAAGAGCUCACUACGAGAGGGAGCUGCAUGACACCAUGGACAGCAAGAAGACCACAGGUCAGUUUUGCUGUCAGAAACACACAGAUGCUGAGUUUUCCUUCCUCUGAAAGCAUGUUUGUUUUCCAGAGUCUGUCCUGUCUGUGUCUGUUGGAGGAGAGAAGCUGCCAAAAAUGACCUCAGAAUCUCAGAUUCAGGCUCUACACUCAGCUCUGCACACAUUCGACAUGAUCGAGAGUGUGUUGGUGCGGAUAGAAGAACUCAUCGAGGUGAAGGACAGCCUGUAAUCUGCAGGAGGCCCUCAACAUCUCAGGGCCUAGAGAAAAGUGUUAGAUUAUUUGGGUUUUGAAUGAUUAUAUCAAUCUAUGCAUUGCUGUUU